ACUAGCACCUAAUAGUAAUGAAGCUGUGUUUAAAUUAAUCGAUAUGUAUUUAGAAGACCUUGAACAAAAUGUUAUUGAUUUAUAUACUUCAAAGGCCAUAUGCAGUGCUUUGAUCGCAGCAUUUAGUGGAUAUGUAUUGAAAUUAAUUCAUACUGCUGUGGGAAUUGCAAUUCAUCUUUAUUUAAAUAAUAACAAUAUAUUGUUAAAUACAGAAACUAUAUUUAAAAGAGAUAAAAAUAUUUUAAAAGUAUGGUAUUUGUAUUAUUGUUUAGCUGGAUAUUGGAAAGCUCAUCAUAUUGGUAUUUGCUUGGAUAAUGCAGAUAUGCAAUUAAAAAGCUUGGCAGCAUUUGCACUACUAUUUCCUGCUACUAGUAAAAAUAUUUAUAUAUUAUCAGUUGUAACUUUUUUAAAAUCAGUGUCAUGUAAUCCACAGCAAUAUGAACUAUUCAAGCAUAUUGCUUUGGUAAAUAUUACAAGAGAAAACCACUACUUAGCUUAUAAUGAAGUCUUGAAGCAAUAUGGCAUUAAAUUUGUUAAGCAAAAUUUAACUUCUGGUUUAUCAGAUCCAAAUACUCUUAAGCAGAAAAUAACAGCAAUUCAGGAUGAAUAUAAAAGACUAUUGUUACUAUAUGAUGAGUUUGUAGAAGAUAAUGUG